AUGUCCCACAGCCGCAAACUGACAGAGAACCUCACAGAGAACCUCACAGAGAACCUCACAGAGAACCACACAGAGAACCACACAGAGAACCUGACAGAGAACCUCACAGAGAACCUCACAGAGAACCACACAGAGAACCACACAGAGAACCUGACAGAGAACCUCACAGAGAACCACACAGAGAACCUGACAGAGAACCUCACAGAGAACCUCACAGAGAACCUCAGAGAGAACCUGACAGAGAACCUGACAGAGAACCACACAGAGAACCUCACAGAGAACCUCAAAGAGAACCACACAGAGAACCUCACAAAGAACCUCACAGAGAACCUCACAGAGAACCACACAGAGAACCACACAGAGAACCUCACAGAGAACCUCACAGAGAACCUCACAGAGAACCACACAGAGAACCACACAGAGAACCUCACAGAGAACCUCACAGAGAACCUGACAGAGAACCUGACAGAGAACCUGACAGAGAACCUCACAGAGAACCACACAGAGAACCUGACAGAGAACCACACAGAGAACCACACAGAGAACCUGACAGAGAACCUCACAGAGAACCACACAGAGAACCUGACAGAGAACCUCACAGAGAACCACACAGAGAACCUCACAGAGAACCACACAGAGAACCACACAGAGAACCUCACAGAGAACCACACAGAGAACCUGACAGAGAACCACACAGAGAACCUGACAGAGAACCUCACAGAGAACCACACAGAGAACCUGACAGAGAACCUGACAGAGAACCUCACAAAGAACCUGACAGAGAACCACACAGAGAACCUGACAGAGAACCUCACAGAGAACCACACAGAGAACCUGACAGAGAACCUGACAGAGAACCUCACAGAGAACCACACAGAGAACCUCACAGAGAACCUGACAGAGAACCUGACAGAGAACCUGACAGAGAACCACACAGAGAACCACACAGAGAACCACACAGAGAACCACACAGAGAACCUCACAGAGAACCACACAGAGAACCUGACAGAGAACCACACAGAGAACCUGACAGAGAACCUGACAGAGAACCUGACAGAGAACCUCACAGAGAACCACACAGAGAACCUGACAAAGAACCUCACAGAGAACCACACAGAGAACCACACAGAGAACCUCACAGAGAACCUCACAGAGAACCUGACAGAGAACCUCACAGAGAACCACACAGAGAACCACACAGAGAACCUGACAGAGAACCUCACAGAGAACCACACAGAGAACCUCACAGAGAACCUCACAGAGAACCUGACAGAGAACCUGACAGAGAACCACACAGAGAACCUGACAGAGAAUGUGACAGAGAACCUCACAGAGAACCACACAGAGAACCUGACAGAGAACCUCACAGAGAACCACACAGAGAACCACACAGAGAACCUCACAGAGAACCACCCAGAGAACCUCACAGAGAACCUCAGAGAGAACCUGACAGAGAACCUGACAGAGAACCACACAGAGAACCUCACAGAGAACCUGACAGAGAACCUCACAGAGAACCACACAGAGAACCACACAGAGAACCUCACAGAGAAUCUCACAGAGAACCACACAGAGAACCUGACAGAGAACCACACAGAGAACCACACAGAGAACCUGACAGAGAACCUCACAGAGAACCACACAGAGAACCUGACAGAGAACCUCACAGAGAACCUCACAGAGAACCACACAGAGAACCUCACAGAGAACCACACAGAGAACCUGACAGAGAACCACACAGAGAACCUGACAGAGAACCUCACAGAGAACCACACAGAGAACCUGACAGAGAACCUGACAGAGAACCUCACAGAGAACCUGACAGAGAACCACACAGAGAACCUGACAGAGAACCUCACAGAGAACCACACAGAGAACCUGACAGAGAACCUGACAGAGAACCUGACAGAGAACCUCACAGAGAACCACACAGAGAACCACAGAGAGAACCUGACAGAGAACCUCACAGAGAACCACACAGAGAACCUCACAGAGAACCUGACAGAGAACCUGACAGAGAACCUGACAGAGAACCUGACAGAGAACCACACAGAGAACCACACAGAGAACCUCACAGAGAACCACACAGAGAACCUGACAGAGAACCACACAGAGAACCACACAGAGAACCUGACAGAGAACCUGACAGAGAACCUGACAGAGAACCUCACAGAGAACCACACAGAGAACCUGACAGAGAACCUCACAGAGAACCACACAGAGAACCUCACAGAGAACCUCACAGAGAACCUGACAGAGAACCUCACAGAGAACCACACAGAGAACCACACAGAGAACCUGACAGAGAACCACACAGAGAACCUGACAGAGAACCACACAGAGAACCUCACAGAGAACCUGACAGAGAACCACACAGAGAACCUCACAGAGAACCACACAGAGAACCUCACAGAGAACCACACAGAGAACCUCACAGAGAACCACACAGAGAACCACACAGAGAACCUGACAGAGAACCUACAGCUUUCAUAA